UGUCGCUUCACCCCUCAUAAAUCCCAAUUCCUUCCAUAAAGAUUUAAUCUUUUUCGUUUUUGUUACCAAACCCAACUCCCAAAAAAAAAAACAAAAAAAAAGAAGAAAGAAAAAACCAUAAUCGUCUCCAUUCUCCAACCUCUUCCUUUUCUCUUCUCUUUAUCUUUCUCUCUCUUUCUCACCUUAUAUUUCUCCUCCGCCCAAUUUCCCCUAAUUUCUGGGCGCAACUUUCUUCCUCUCCGAUCCCAAUUGGAGACCCAGUAUUGAUCUUGGUGUAAAGCUUCGUGCUUUAUCGGUUUGGAGGAUUUGGGGUCAAUGAUCUUCUGAAUUAGGGUUUCCACCUUGCAUUUGUGAAUUUCUGCGUUAUUGAUUUGGAGGAUUUGGGUUUGUUUUAUAUUAUUGAGGAAAAAGAAAGUUCGAUUAUUUUUCCCAAUUGGAGAUUGUGAUUUUAAUGCGGUGAUUGCGGUCUUUUGGGUGAGUUGGUUGUGAGUAGUAAACGUAAGAUUUGGAGGGUUAUUGAUUGGUGGGUGUGAGGUUAUGCACACAGUAAAGGGUCGCAUUGGGUUGAGCUAUUUGCCGUUUUGAGCUUCUGGGUUUUGAGCUGUGCUGGGAAGAUUGUUGAGGAUUGUUUGAAUCAUGGAGCAUGUGAUAGCUGGCAAGUUUAAGCUGGGGAGGAAGAUUGGGAGUGGUUCUUUCGGAGAGCUUUAUCUAGGUGUCAAUGUACAAACCGGGGAGGAAGUUGCUGUGAAGCUGGAACCUGUGAAGACCAAGCAUCCCCAGCUUCACUAUGAGUCCAAAUUAUACAUGCUCCUUCAAGGAGGAACGGGAAUCCCCCACCUGAAGUGGUUCGGAGUAGAGGGUGACUACAACGUCAUGGUUAUUGAUCUUCUUGGACCAAGUUUGGAGGAUCUGUUCAACUAUUGUAAUAGGAAGUUUACAUUGAAAACAGUUUUGAUGCUUGCAGAUCAAUUAAUUAACAGAGUUGAGUACAUGCACUCAAGAGGUUUCCUUCACCGUGAUAUAAAGCCUGACAAUUUUUUAAUGGGCCUAGGGCGAAAAGCCAAUCAGGUGUAUGCUAUUGAUUAUGGCCUUGCAAAGAAGUUUAGGGAUCUCCAGACUCACAAGCACAUACCAUACAGGGAGAACAAGAACCUCACAGGCACUGCUCGCUAUGCAAGUGUCAACACUCAUCUUGGAAUUGAACAAAGCAGAAGGGAUGAUUUGGAAUCACUCGGUUAUGUGCUUAUGUAUUUCCUAAGAGGAAGCCUUCCCUGGCAAGGAUUGAAAGCUGGCACAAAAAAGCAAAAAUACGAUAAAAUCAGUGAAAAGAAAAUGUCAACUCCUAUAGAGGUGCUAUGCAGAUCACAUCCAUCUGAAUUUGUAUCCUACUUUCACUACUGCCGAUCAUUGCGGUUUGAAGACAAGCCGGAUUAUUCAUACCUGAAGAGGCUUUUCCGAGACUUAUUUAUUAGAGAAGGUUAUCAGUUUGACUAUGUAUUUGACUGGACCGUCUUGAAGUACCCCCAGAUUGGUGGAAGCUCUAGAGGAUGGCAUGCCAGUGGAAAAGCUGGUGCAAAUGCAGGACCAUCUGGGGAAAGACCUGAAAGAGUCUCAGUCGGGAAAGAGAUUCGAGAAAGAUUCUCAGGUGCAGUUGAAGCAUUUUCAAGGAGAAAUACCUCAGGAACUAGUCCGCGAGAUCACUACAAACACAGGUCUAUUGAGGAUGUGCCUCCAUCCAAAGACUCGCCCCAUGAUUCUGAAAGGGGACGCAAUUCCUCCCGAUAUGGUAGCACUUCACGGAAGGCUCUGGCCAGCAGUAAGCCAAGUUCCUCAGGUGAGCCCAGUGAGGGUCGCACAAGCCGACUAAUCUCAAACAGUAGCCGCCCGUCUACUGGGCACAACCGAGUUCAUUCUGGACAUGAAUCCAAGCGCCCGGUUGCCACAAGAGGAACCCGUGACGAUCCUCUCCGUAGCUUUGAGCUCCUCUCAAUCAAGAAGUAAUUGAGUUCACUGUUGAUAUCUGCUUAGUCAUCAGAUAUUACUCAUCCAUUUGAUGAGCACCUGAGAAAUAAAACUCUAAACUUGCCUUUGUACAUGGUAUUAUGUCCGAUGCUCAUUCCUUACAGAUCUUAUUGCAUGUCUUAUGACAGUAUUGCUAGGCUUCGCCCUCCCAAUUCUCUGCUCAAGAGUUGAAGGGCCGCUGUAACUGUAGUAGAAAAAACCUACAUUCUUUCUCUCCUUAGCUGUAAUAAUUACUAUUUCAUCCCUGUACACCUACUUUGAGUUCGAGGCCGUUUCUUUGUUAUUUGUAUGCACAUCUCUAUUUGAGAGCUUAAUCAGUAGUGUGCUACAUAGCAUGAGCU